AUGUCUGCUAAAUAUAAUGUAUUGCUUAUUGGAGCAGGAGGUGUAGGAACAAUCGUUGCAUUUGGAAUUGAUUAUGUUGGCAAGUCGAGCUUAUCCAUCGUUGUCAGACGUGACUACACCAAAGUAAAGGAUGCUGGCUACAACAUUGACUCUGUUGACUACGGAAAAAUUGAAGGCUGGAAGCCUGACAAUAUUUAUCCCACGGUCGAAGCUUCUGCUGCCAAAGGGACUGAGUACGACUUUGUUAUCAUAACAACUAAGAAUUUGCCCGAUAUUGUUAAGGUGGAGGAGCUUGUCGAGCCUGCAGUGACGCCUGGAAAGACCACCAUAGUGCUGAUGCAAAACGGGUUCGAUCUCGGCCGUCCUUUCUUUGCCAAAUAUCCCAAAAAUGUUAUAUUAUCAGGAGUGUCCCAUAUUGGCUCCCAUAACAGUAACGGUACCAUUCAUCAAACUCAAAAGGACAAAUCGCUUGUCAGUUAUUUUGAAAGCCCUAGCUUGUCAAAAGAACUCCAAGAGGCGAAGGCAAAAGAGUUCAUUGCCAUUUACGCUAAUGAAAAGAAUAACUGCACCUACUUUGCUGACGCCAAAUGGUACAGAUACAGAAAAUUAGUCUACAACGCAACAUUGAAUACAACUUGCGCUCUAACAGGAGUUGACACCGGUAGACUCGAGUUUUCGGGUGGGCUCGAGGCUGUUUCUAUCCCUGCUAUGAGGGAGGUGGUUGCAGUAGCGAAAGCCGAUGGUGUUGAGCUACCCGAUGAUGUCAUAAACGCGGUGGUACACUCUGACGAUGGAGAUUGGUUCGAACCCUCGAUGCGCGUUGACGUCAAGAAGGGCAACCCUAUUGAAUUGGAAGUCAUUCUAGGCAACUUACUUAAGGUUGCGGGAGAGCUUGGUGUAGAGACCCCUGUCCUUACUGUAGUCUACAAUCUUCUAAAAGUUGUUCAGUUCCGCUUAAAAGAAAAUCAAGGUUUAAUCAACCUUCCUAAGGAACGCCCAAUUACAGAUAAGGUCUACAAGUAG